AUGUUCAAAUACCUUCGAGAGUGCAAUGUUAAUAUUGAGUCAUUUGAUGAUGCAAUUCAAAUUCUUGAAAAUUAUGAAAAACUACUCGGGCUAAAAUCUUCGCAUGCUUUAAUUUCAUAUUUCAAGAAAUUCAAGGAUGAACAGAAUCUUGAAUUAAAAAGAGAAAUUCAAAAAUCACUAGAAGCAUUACAAAUCAAAAAUAAAGAAUAUGAAAAUAAAAUCAAAGAAAAUAAUGAAGAAAUUUUACUUCUUAAUAAUCAGAACAAUCAGUAUAAGGAUGAGAUCACAAGAAUUACAAAUAUAAAUGAUCAAUUUACUCAAUCUAUGAACAAUUUUGAAAAGAUUUAUGAAUUAAAUAAAACGGGGGAAUAUGAUACAAUUUAUACCUUCCUUAAAAAGCUAUCAAGUAAAAAUGGUCAGCUUAAAAUGUCUGUCUCAUGUGCUAUUGGUUUAAGUGAAAGGAGCAGAAAUAAUAAUUAUCCACUCAUUCAAGCAUGUAUCAGAGGAGAUCUUCAAUUAGUAAAAUCGCUUAUUGAAGGAGGAUGUAAAAAGGAAGUAACUAAUAAAUAUGGGAAUAAUUGUUUGAUUGAAGCGUCAUAUAAAGGACAACUUGAAAUUAUAAAAUAUUUAAUUGGUACUGGUUUUAAUAAGGACUGGCAAAAUCAAAUUUCUGGUGUUAAUGCAAUACUUGCAUCAUCCAAGCAUGGCCAUAUUGAAUCUUUUAAAUAUUUGCAAGAUAUUGGCUGUGAUGUGAAUUCUAAAAAUAAAAAUAAUAUCAAUUGUAUUUACAAUGCUUCAAGUGAAGGACAUCUUGAAUUUGUUAAAUAUCUUUUUUCUUGCAGAGUGAAUCCAAAUGAAAAAGACAAAGAUGGAUUUUCAUCAUUAAUUAUUGCAUCAAAAAAUGGUCAUCUUGAUGUAGUAAAAUAUCUAAUUGAUUGUGGAUGUGAUAAAAAUGCUAAAACAUACAAUAAUGAUUCUUCUCUACAUUGUGCAGCAAAAGAAGGACAUUUCGAAGUUGUUCAAUAUUUAGUUACAAUUGGUGUCAAUCUUAAUGAUAGAAAUAACUAUGGUAAAACUCCAUUUGAUUUUGCAAAUGAAAAACAGAACCAGAAUAAUAACUAUAAAAGAAUUGCGGAUCUUCUGCUUCAUGCAAAACAAAAAUAUGACGUUUUAACAUAUUUAUGA